UAUCGGUGCAGACAGUACAUGCAUGGCAUGGAGAGCAACAUCCAAGCACGAAAGUCAUAGAUGUGCCUCUUGAAAAGUAAAUUGUCAAAUUUUUUAGUAGUUUUUUUAAUGUUUGGGUUGCAAUUUGAGAUGUAGAUACAUUGGCGCAACUCUAUCAAUAAGUUCAUGUUAGUUGUUUACUGAUGUAAACUCACAUGCUGUUCCUGUGAAACGAGUCCCUUCUUCUCCAAGGAUGCUACGGCGUCCCCAGCCUACAGACUCGGAGGCGGACUUGUUGAGGGAACAGGAGAGGUUCCUGAGCUCUGGAGCCCAGGCGGCUGCGACUGUGGUCCGCCGGCCGGACAAAAGAAGACCGCAGAGUGGAGCAACGGAGGUGCCACAGGAGACUGGAGAUGGGCAAAGGGAUGUCGUGACUAUAGAAGAUCUACCAGAUGAAGUGCCCUCGCUAACCCCAGCACCGCCAAAGAAGUCCAGGUUCAAGUCCCGCCGUGUGACCUUUGAGCAUGUGGAUGCAGAGGAGCAACUGGACACACAUGACACUCACAUCACUGCUGUCCUAUCUAGAAUAAUUGAAAAGGAUACCAGCUCUGUUCCUGUGUCACUACCAGAGUUCACUGGCAUGGCUUUUCCUAAAGUACUCCACCGCUCUCAAUAUUGUGAGAUGCCAGAAGCUUCAGGUCCUGGUUGUAAAAAGAGCAUCUUUGCACGUCAGAUAACUGCUCAAAGACUUAAAGAGGGAAAAACACAAAGUUUAACUUCACAGGCACAAACCAAGAAAGAACUGAUGGACUGCAAUAUUGGUACAGACCAAGUUGGAGAGGCAGGUCCCAGGCUGAUUUCAGGGCAGGGUCUUGGGGUGCAUGGUGGCUCAGAGGAGAUCAUGAGAAUCCACAGAGAGAGUCAAGAGAAACUACAGAGCAUGUCGGAGUCAGAGAUCCUGGAUGAGCAAAAGAGGCUCCUGUCUCAGCUUGAUCCAAGGCUGGUAGAGUUAGUAAGAUCAUGCAAAGCCCGAAACAUUCCAUCCUCUGCACCAGCACCCCAUCUGCCAAAAGACCAGUGUGCCCCUCCUCGUGAUGCUCUGGGUCAGUCGCCAUGUGCUCAUGUGGAUGUGGAGAUGGAGCCAGAGCAAGAACCUGUCACUGAAGCAGACCUGCCAGUGAAGCCUGACAAAAACUGGGUACAUAUGGACAAGUUGGAGCCUGAGAAGCUGGAGUGGAUGAGAGACUUGCCUCCACCAAGAAAAAAAGAAACCAACAAAGCCAUGCAGGCACGCUUUGACUUUGCAGGGACUCUGAUCCCGCCCACUGACGACCUGCCCACUCACCUGGGUCUGCACCACCACGGAGAGGAACCGGAGCGAGCAGGGUAUUCUCUCCAGGAACUCUUCCUCCUUUCUCGGAGUCAAGUAAUCCAACAGAGGACUUUGGCUCUUAGCACUCUGGCUAAUAUUAUUUCUAAGGCCCGAUGUGGUGGGUACCACUCCUCCCUGACGGGCUCUGUGCUGUCCUCUCUACUCGAUGCUGGCCUGCUCUUCCUGCUGCGCUUCUCUCUGGACGACAGUGUGGAGGGGGUGAUGUGUGCUGCCAUGCACGCUCUCCACGCAUUACUCGUGUGUGCUGAGGAUGAAGCAUGUAUGGACAGCGUUUUCUGUUGGUUUAGUGGCAUGGCUCUAUUUCCUCUGCUGCCAUCUGCUGAUGGGGUAGAGGACGAUGAGCAACUCAAAGAGACCAAAGAAAAGCAGGAUGAAAAGAGUGAUUAUGAGGUGGCGCGGCACGAUGUUGUUAAGGGUUUGCUAAAAAUGAAACUUCUUCCUCGACUGCGAUACAUUCUGGAGGUUGUUCGUCCAUCUGCUCACGUCAUCCAUUACAUAAUGGAGAUCAUUAUUCGGCUUGCAAGGCACUCCACUUCCUCUGCCACUCAGGUUUUGGACUGCCCUCGUCUGAUUCAGGUGAUUGUGCGGGACUUCCUGCCUGCCACUUGGAUGCCCCCAGCCUCAGCCCCUCCUAAGUCUGUGUAUGAACUUCCUCAAAUCACUGUGCUAAAGCUGCUUAGAGUACUGUCCACAGCUGGCAGACAUCUCUGCGCCAGAAUCUUUAACUCUCAUGGGGUGAAGGAGCGCCUCUCCUGCCUGCUCAGUGCUGAGCCCAGUGACCUGCUGCUGGGAGAGGCUGAAGCUAUAAAGCUUUGCACUGAGGCCUACCGACUGUGGGCAGUGGCAGCCCGCUAUGGACAGGCCUGCGACCUAUACCUUGAUCUGUAUCCAGCCCUCCUGAAAUCCCUCCAGUCUCCUGGGCCCCUAGCUUUGUCAGAGCCUCUGUUUCCGGAGCGACUGCAGAGGCUGCUGGCCCUGAUUUGUUUGCUCACUCAGAUCACUCACACAGCUGGAUGCCACCAGGAGCUGCAGGCUGUUAUGCUCAGUAGUGGUGGUGAAGAGUGCCUGCCUCCUCCCCCUAUUUGCUGGGAGCAUGUCUCUGGACUGCAGCAGACCUUGAUGUCUCAUUUAAAGAGCUUUGUGAAAGGACUUGAUAGUAACAAUCAGAGAGAGAUCAGCCUUGCUCUUAUCCCUGCUUAUCUCAUCUACCUACAGGCCUAUUAUCAUCAACUCUCUCUGCAGUCAAACACAUCUUCACAGAAGAGCUUCAAUCCGGUACACACCCUAGAGGAACUGGAGGGGCUGGCGUCAGAGCUCAUCUCUUUGCUGUCCCAUUGUGUGGUUCAAAGCCUCAUUAAGAAUCUCAGGUCUUUCUCAAUGGUGUGUAAUACUGUCCAGUGCCAUGCUGAGACCACUGCAAGUCUACCUGGUCUGUCUUGUCCCAGAUGGCGGGACACUCCUGGUCUGGCUUCUCCCACUUCCCCUUUCCCUCUGUUGACAGGACUGGCCCUUCUGCUGGACACAGUCACAUCCAUCCACAAAGGCCUCACAUUAAAGUUCUCAGGUAUUUUUUCUGAGCCUGUUCUUGAGUACCUUUGCUGCACUACCCGGGCCACCCCUGCCCUGUCCAUCUCUAAAGCCUGGCUCCUGUGUCAUGAGCACCAUCUCCUGUACCUGCUGCUGCGACUGGCCCACAGGCUGAUUCCUGUUGAUCCAGAGGUAGCCAAACAAGCCCCACUUUUCCACCAGAUGGCACUAGUUCUGUUGUCAUGGAUUUUACCGGGAAGUGAAUUUAUGGCUCAUGAUCUUCUCUCAAACAUCAUCUUCAGCAAGUCCUUUAUACCGGAGGGCCACAGUGGAGGACCAGAGGCAGUUGAUCUGGGGGAGCUCAGGCUCCAGCAGGAAUGCCCCAGUUCUAAUCAGGCCCUAGGCUCUCUGCUCAGAGAGGCCUGUGUCCAGCUGCCCUCCAUUCGAGCCUGCUUCCUCACCCACUUGGCCCAUUUGGAACCAGCUGUGGUAGUAUCCAGGAACUCACUCCUUGGUCGAACUCCUUGGAUGACAUCUCAGUUCCUCCCAGAGCUCAGUGGUCCCAUCCUGCCCUCUGAUUGGCCCUACCUUCCCCUACUGAGCCUGUAUAAUCGGGCCGAGGGUGGGGGGCUGUCCGUUCAGGAGCUACCCUUGGGGGCUCUCAUGGCUGUGACCCACUGCCUUCAGUGGCUGCUUGUGCUGGAGGUCUGGAGAGAGGAGGCUCUAAAGGUGAUUCUGCCUGUAGCCAAACUGUCCCGUUUGUCCUGUGUGUUCCUCUGCUCCAGCGACUUGUUCCUGGAGAGACCCAUCCAAAGUCUGUCCUGGGCAUUGUUCAGGCUGCUCACCAGAGCUUCCCGCUUGAAUUCACUGGACCUGAGCAUCCCUCCUCCAGGCCUGGCCUCCUUCCAGGACCUGUACUCAGCCCUGCUGGCUCAUUAUGAGGCCGUGUCAUUUGGGGACCCCCUGUUUGGCUGCUUCAUGCUGCUACCUUUGCAGAGGAGGUAUAGUGUGGAUCUGAGACUGGUUGUGUUUGGAGAGCAUGUCGGGAUCCUCCGCUCACUCAGUGUCACUGUGGAACAGCUGUCCAUCCCCUUGGAGUGCUUCACCUCUCCUCCUGAGGACUGCCUGACCCUGCUCCGUCUGUACUUCCGCUGCCUGCUCACUGGAGCUCUGAAGCAAUGCUGGUGCCCCGUGCUCUAUGUGGUCGCACUCUCUCACCUCAACACCUUCAUUUUCUCCCAGCACGCUGCAGCACAGGAGGUGGAGGCUGCCCGAAUCUCUAUGCUCCGGAAAAUAUUCUAUCUGACUGAUGAGGUGUUGAAGAAGCACCUCCUGCUGUUCCGUCUGCCCCAGCAGCAGUCAGACUGUGGCUUUGACCUGUACGAGCAGCUGCCUCCCAUCAGGGCCAAGCGUCUGGAACAAGUCCUGCAGCCACAGGACCCCAGUAAUGACAAGGACCACCGAGAUGAGAGUGAGAAGUGAAACAGAGCAGCGAACACGUGUGCUAUGGUCCUUUACUCCAGACCACAUGGUGCAUUAGUGAAGAGAUCCUCAGAAAGUCGACUAUACAUUGUAACAGAAGUGUUUAUGGACACGUUGUAUUACUUGCAAUAAUCUGUUUCAUGGAUUUUAAUGGUGGUUUUGAAACUAUGAAACACCUAAUUUUAAGAAUAAAACCCUUAGGGAUGAACUGCAGAUGGAGGGAAAAAUUAGUUCCACAGAUUUUUCCUUUGGUUAAGAACAAGAACUCAAACUUAACCAUCCCGCUCUUCUGGCCAAAACAAAAACGCAUGUUUACAAGUUUCUGUCUGGGAAUAAAAUCUGAUUCUCAUACAAUAUUUUGCUUUCUCUUAUUAUUAAAAAGCAACAUAUCAUGGAGAAUCUUCUAUAUUUUAAUACAGUUAUAACGGUGGGAUUACCCAGUUGUAUUUUGAUUUAUUUAUUCAUGCCUGCGUCAUCCUCCAUUGUCCUGCAUUUGAGGUGCUCUGAAAGUUUAAAAUUUUCACCUAUCCCUUAUCUUUUCCUCCUCCUCUGUCUUUGCUUGUCAUUAUUCAAAACAAAAAUGAAAAAAUGUUGUUGCUGUUUUGAAUAGAUAAUCAAUGUUUUUUAUUAUUAUGAAGCAGUCUUAGAUUAAUUAAUUGUGUUUUACAAUGAACUAAAUGUUAAAUGUUGAUCUACGUAUGUUAUAUUUUAAUACAAAAAAUAGCAUAAUGUCUUCUUUAAAUACUAGAAAACUAAAUAAAUGUUAACAGAAAGGAUUUUAUAGAUAAUAGCGGUUAAUUGUUGCAAAUGUGAAAACCUGUUUUACAUAAAGUGCUGUGUUCUGUUAUUGAUCAGUCCCUCAUUUAGUGGACCCCAUUACUGCUCAUUGACACUGGAUUAAUUGCUGUCUUUGUUAAACAUAGGAGAUUGGAAAAAUGCCCUGAGGGGAUUCUGUACUCAGAGUUUGAUAAAAGCCAGCGGUGAUCAAUGCAGUGCCAUUUGAGAGCCCAAAAUAAGUUCCAUCAGUCACAUUUAUGGACUUCUCCUCAUUAAUAAAAAUUACUGUAUAAGCAUGAAAAACACAGGCCAAACUGAACUUAACUUAUUUUUAGAGAGGGCAGUCCAUGAUAAUCUCUAAAGUUUUUUUUUUCUUUUACCUGAAACUUAUUCUACAACUCCUGAUUUUGCUAAAUCAUUCACCUGUGUGAAGAUUCAGUAUGAGGUCAAGCCUGUGAUUUGGGUCUUGAUUAGAGACAGUAUGGCAAAGUUACUCUGGAUAAAAACUUGUGUACAUUAUGAGCUUCUUUAAAAUGUUCAAUAAAUUAUGACAACAUAGA